AUGGUUCCCUGGACUCUGUGUUCAAUGAGUGGGCGCACUUUCGUCACCACUCACCUGCGGGCCACCAGGGACGGCUCCCGAGCUGGCAGCCUGAGACCUAAAGCAGCCUCCGCCUCUGGCUUGGGCUGCCACAACACAGCUUUCCCAGCUCCCCAGGUCCGCGAAGUGCUGACCAGGUGGAGCCCGCGCAGGCUGAGGCCUCCUUCGACCCCCCCACCCUCACUUGAUGCCUGCUCAGGACAGUCCUCGGGGCGCUGCAGUGUUCCCCAGUGCACAUCUGAGGGCGUGCCCGAGGCCUCUUCCGAUCCCGGCCCUGGCCCCGUGGCCAACAGCAGCUCCCGCGGCUCCUCCCCAGCGAAGGACAUGGACAACGCCAAGGGCCACGCUCAUGCUGGCAAGAGUGCAGCGAGCUGGUGCAGCGCCCCGCUGGCACCUCUGGAGCUCAUCUCUGCACACAAGUGGGGCAGCGUGGUGACCAUGCUCGAUGCUUGGCUUGCUACUCAAGAGGGGCCAGUGAGCAUGGCCGUGAAGGGGCCCCCAGCCCAUCCAGGGCCCCCGUUCCUGGGAGGCCCCAUGCCGUCCCACGUGGACUAUGGGUCGCCGCCGCCACCACUGCUCUGCAGAUCCUUCGGGCCUCGGCCGAUGUCUCCUAGGCCACCGCAACCAUUCGUUGCACGCAUGGGCCCACCACUGGGCUUAAGAGACUAUGCGCCCGGCAUGCUGCCCGGACGCCACGACCUGCCGCUACAUCCCCGCGAGUUCUUGCCUGGACCUGUGCCAUUCAGGCCUCCAGGCCCGCUCGGCGCCCGAGCAUAUUUCAUUUCGGAUCUGCGAAUGCCACCCGCUGGACUCCAAGACUACCGACCACCACCUGCCGGGCCCCAGGAUAACCCACCGAUGCCUGCCGGGCCCCAGGACAACCCACCACCGCCUGCUGGGCGCCAGGCCUACCCACCACCACGUGCCGGGCACCAGCACUACCCACCACCGCCUGCCAGGCCCCAGGACUACCAACCACCAAGUGCCGGGCUCCAGGACUACCCACCGCCGCCUGCCCGGCCCCACGACUACCCACCGCCGCCUGCGGGGGUCCCAGGAAAACCCACCACCAAGUGCCGGGCCUCAGGACCAUGGAUGGCCGCCCUCUGCGAGCCUAAACUUCGCAUGCUGUGA